AUGCUUUGGAGUUCGCACAAAGAGAAUGCAUCUGCCUCUGAAGAUGAAAAAACUGUUGGGGACUCGGAUGACGAUGCCCCAAAGGAAAUUGUUUUUGCGCAGCCGCAACCGGGACGGACCCUUCUGCCUGCGCCCGCGGCCGCGAUUGUCAGUGGCGUUACCGGCCUGACUUCGUUCUAUGUUCGUGGUGCAACCAAGAUUGGCGGUUGGGGACUUUAUGCUGGCAGAGAGGCUACACUCAAAACACUUUCCGUCAGUCGCAGUGCACUGGAGUCUGUUCUGAUUGCAGCGGGACGAGAUGUCUCUACGCGAAGCAAUGGCGACCUGGGGCGGGCGGAAGCUGAGAAUCUACUGGAGAGGAGUAUCUCCGCGUUGCAUUCGACCAUCUCAACGACGUCUUUUGUCGCCUCGACGGGCUUCCACCUCACAGAAGCGUUUAUGAACUCAAUAUCCGGUCUAUCUAUACAAGGACUGGCUACUCUGAAUGCAAUCCUCGGCUCUACUGAGUCCUCCCGUGCCGUCGCUGCCAUCAUCACGCUGAUCAGAGAUGAACUCAACAAGCCCGAGAUCGGGGGAACUGGCGAGGUGGUGACAUACCUGGACCUCAUUAUUGCCACCAUCGGUUUUGUGAUGCUCCAGAGGUGGGGAAGACGGAAGACGGAGCUGGAUUUCCGGGAUGCUGGUGGUGAAGAGACUAUUUGGGACGCGGUCAUUGAUGACAAGGGUUUUCGAGCCGAUGUCGUGGGGACGCGGAAGAAAGGCAUGAUCAGUAUCCACGCCAAUACUGGUGGCCCGCCAGUCACCUUUACUUCUCCAGAUUGCGAUGAAGAUUUUGAAGCCUUGGAGAGGGGAACAGUGUUUGAUGCUCAAGCAGUCGCACUGUCAGCGGAGAACCAGACAAAGCUGACCGACGAAGAAAUUCGUGAGCGGAUCAUGAGCCAAAUACCUUCUGGAGCUCGAGCCGUGAUUACAUCCGAAACCAUCACCGCCAAAACGAUCCGUGUCGACAUAUACGACGCUGAAACAGCCCAUAUUGACCCUCCUCCGGGAACCAUUAUGGUGGCAGAAAGGCUGAACCAUGAAAGCUCGACAAACGGCAACCAAGUUGGACCUCAUCAAACUGUCAUAUUUCGCACGUCUUUGAAGAGAUCGAGCAGUAGGGAGAAACCAUCGUCGAAUGAGCCACUGCGAUUGACCGGUCAUACCGGCUUAGGUCAAGACCACCACGACACCGACGACUUGUUCAUGAUGGCUACCGCCCCGAAACGAAUUUCUAUCGUGGAUGAACCGAUCCAGAUAGAUAACGGUACUUUCUCCAAUUCGGACCGCGAUGAGUCGGCAAUCGAAUCAUCCUCACCACCAACCUCUUCUCCUCCAAAAUUGCUAGGCCCUGUUGCCAAUCAGAAAAAGAGUCGUCGGCCAGUUCUCAGUUCAAGCAAGUCAUCUGCCAAUGCAAGCAGUACCAGUCGUAUACCACUUGUCAAAGGUAAAAAGGACAAAUCAAGUUCAGGUGUGAAGAGUGAUAAAGCUGGCGUCAUCAAGAAAGCACUGAAGACGCUGAGUCCGAGUCAGUCGUCAGCGGCGGUAAAGGAUCUCCCAAAAGUACCACCACAGCAAUCAAAAGCUUCGACCUCAGUGGCAGCACAGUCGCCCAGGUCUAGGGCGCCUUCGGCCAAUCGCGAAGAUGCCACAUCAAGGAGAACUUAUGCUUCGUUGACCCAUGGUAAUACGCCCCUGACAAGUCCGAGUUUACAUCGGGCUGCCGAGUCAUCAACGAGCUAUUUUGCCGUGCACGACCGGAGAAGAGACUCUAUUGUCUCGCAGACCACAGAGACAUAUUCUGUCCAUUCGCAUGAGAGUCGACCAAGCUCCCCCACCUUCACAAGGACUCGGACCCGAGUUGUGAACGAGUUGACACAGACGAGGUCGGAACUCGGACUGGCACUAGACGAGACUGAAGCUAGAGUCGACCCAACCACAGGCACAGUCCAUCAUAGACGCUCUCGGUCUUUUGUCCCUAGUCUGUAUUCGAUGGGGACCAAGGAUUCUACGGAGGCCAUCCUCUUAGCGCCGAAGGCCCCUAUACCUCGGAAAUCAAUAUAUGAGGAUCACAGUAUAUUAGCUGCUCUCAUCACGAAUGGGAAAGUGCCUGGUAUCUUUCCUGAUCGUCAUCUUGUCAAAACAGUUCGACGAUUUGCGAGGUUCGCAUCGGCUUCGUAUGGGGCGAAUUUCCUGCGGGUUAUGGGCCUGACAACAGCAGAAGAUGAGCUUAGCAAGUCGACGGAGCUCAUGACCCUUGACGUCCACCACGAGCACAGCUCAUUUUCCAGCCAUACAGGCCUGCCUCCUGACACAAUUCUGUUGUCGUCCUUCUUUGAUCCCCAAGGAGUUACCGGCAAUACUGACUGGUCGCCCUCGGCCAUAUCACCAUUGAUCCAUUUCAUCUCGAUCGAUGACGAUUCCAAAGCCGUAGUUCUGACCUGUCGCGGGACACUUGGCUUUGAAGAUGUUCUGACCGACAUGACAUGCGAUUACGACGACUUGCUAUGGCAAGGCCAGCGCUACAAAGUCCAUAAAGGCAUUCAUGCUUCGGCAAGACGACUAUUAGGUGGUAGUGGAAGCCGCAUCAUGGCCACCAUCAGAGCGACACUUGAACAAUAUCCCGACUAUGGCCUUGUUCUUUGUGGGCACUCCCUGGGAGGAGCUGUCGCGGCCAUACUCGCCAUCCUCAUUGCCGAACCAUCGUUUGACGAAUCCAAGACCUCGUUUGUCACCGGCAGCAAACCUAAACUCCUUACCCAUCAAUCCACGAACAAGUCGUUUACUUCUUACAUCCCUCCCAUCAGUCUUCCACCAGGCCGACCAAUCCACGUCUACGCCUAUGGCACACCCGCAUGCAUGUCCGAGCUUCUCCGUGUUGCCACCCGUGGGCUCAUUACGACCAUUGUCAACCACGCGGAUAUUGUGCCUUGCCUCUCCCUGGGCAUUCUGCACGACUUCCGUACCGUUGCAUUGCACCUCAAACACGACACGACUGACGCUCUUGGUGCUCUCAAGACGCGGGUUUGGAUUCGUCUCAAAAAUGCCGUCAAGUCCGCAUUCUAUAACAACCCGAGGGGGCCGCCUCCGCCAGAAAACAUUGCAGGCGAUGGCCUCGGCGAAGACACUUGGGCAUGGUCGGCACUGAAGACGCUACGUGCAGCAAUGGUGAAUGAUAAACUGGUUCCUCCUGGAGAAGUGUUUGUGGUGGAAACGACCCGCGUCUUUGACAGACUGGAGCCAGACGUAGCACGCGAGGCAGUUUUUGGACCUGACGACUCAAAGGACGACCGAACGGAAAAGCUCUACAGGGCACUCGGGAGACCCGCCACGAGAGUGCAAUUCAAGCUGGUACGAGAUGUGGAGAAGCGGUUCGGCGAGCUGAGAUUCGGGCGGGACAUGUUUGGCGAUCACAGUCCGGGCAGAUACGAGGCGAGUCUGGCGGCGUUAGACACAGGAAUUUGUGAAGAAUGA